AUGGACACGCUAUCAAAGAACUUUGAUAAGGAAGCAGAAAGAGACGGUUUAGCACGUGCAGAUUUCGUUCUGCGUUCACUGGGCCAAGAACAGCGUGACGAAGCCUUGAUUAUCGUCGCACACGCGGUUACUCUUGCUGUGGCUGCUUCGAUAGGGACUUCAACAAACUACGUCGACAGAUCGGAGGAAGAGGCGAUUGAUAGAGUCGGUUUGGGACUGAGGUUCCCACCAGGUAGCGUCGUCUCAGUUCAGCUCAACAGCGGAGGUGGACAAUCAGCAUCUUAUGAGCUCUGUCCUGGUGUCGUGCCACCGCUUUCCUACGGUGAACUUUACACGAACAGACCAGUUUUCGACACUGCUGCAUAA